GCUCCUCUCCGGGUAAACAGCGAUGGCCGCCGAGGAGGGAGGCGGCGAGCCCCGAAACAACAUGGGGAACCACCUCCAGCUGGUGCCCGCAGAGAGUGAGGAAGAAGAUGACAAUGAAAUGGAAGUGGAAGACCAAGAUAGCAAAGACACAGAGAAGCCAAAUGUCAUUAAUUUUGAUACCAGCUUGCCCACAUCACAUAUGUACUUAGGCUCGGACAUGGAGGAGUUCCACGGGCGGACGGUGCACGACGACGACAGCUGCCAGGUGAUCCCGGUGCUGCCGCACGUGAUGGUGAUGCUGAUCCCGGGGCAGACGCUGCCCCUGCAGCUCUUCCACCCGCAGGAGGUCAGCAUGGUGCGCAACCUCAUCCAGAGGGACAGGACCUUCGCCGUGCUGGCCUACAGUAACGUACGUGAAAGGGAAGCACAUUUUGGAACAACAGCAGAAAUCUAUGCCUACAGAGAAGAGCAGGAAUAUGGAAUUGAAACAGUCAAGGUGAAGGCAAUAGGAAGGCAGAGGUUCAAGGUGCUUGAAAUAAGAACACAAUCAGAUGGGAUCCAGCAGGCCAAAGUGCAGAUCCUCCCGGAGCGAGUGCUGCCCUCCACCAUGGCAGCCGUGCAGCUGCAGUCCCUCAGCAGGUGCCACGUGGUGCCCUGUGCCAAGCCCUCCUCCUGGCAGGACAGAGCGAUACGCCAGUGGUGGCAGAAGUAUCAGAAGAGGAAGUUCCACUGUGCCAGUUUGACAUCCUGGCCUCCCUGGCUCUACUCUCUGUAUGAUGCUGAAACCUUGAUGGAAAGAGUCAAGAGGCAGCUACAUGAAUGGGAUGAAAACCUCAAAGAUGAAUCCCUUCCAACAAACCCAAUAGAUUUUUCUUACAGAGUUGCUGCCUGCCUGCCCAUUGACGAUGCUUUACGUAUCCAGCUGCUUAAAAUAGGCAGUGCUGUGCAGAGGCUCCGCUGUGAGUUAGACAUCAUGAACAGAUGUACAUCUCUCUGUUGUAAGCAAUGCCAAGACACAGAAAUAACUACUAAGAAUGAAAUAUUCAGCUUAUCCCUGUGUGGGCCCAUGGCAGCCUACGUGAACCCCCACGGAUACAUCCAUGAAACCCUCACUGUGUACAAAGCCUGCAACCUGAACCUCAGUGGACGACCCUCGACAGAGCACAGCUGGUUCCCUGGCUAUGCCUGGACCAUAGCCCAGUGCAGGAUCUGUGGGAGCCACAUGGGCUGGAAGUUCACGGCCACCAAGAAGGAAAUGUCCCCCCAGAAGUUCUGGGGGCUGACACGCUCCGCUCUCCUGCCCCGCAUUCCAGAGGGGGACGAGGACUCCGACCACGAGGGCUCCCCCAUCCUCUGCCUGUGAGCUGUCACCUCCUGCAGGGCCUUGGCCAGGGCUCCCUCAGGUGCAUCUGCUCAGUUCUGCUUCUGAUGCUUCCUUAGACCUGAAAACCCCCUGAACCCACAGCCACACUCCCCAGUCCAAGGAAACAGUCUGGGAGUGCUGUGCGUCCGUGUUGCUGUUCCUCAGGAACACUGAGACUGAAGGCUGAGUCCUUGAGGGAGAGCUGAGGAGAGGAGAUGGCUUGAGACACUAAGGAGUGAUGGUCCAUCUGGACAGAAACAGGAGACACCAAGAAAUCUCUGAUCCGUGUGGCCAGGCUUCAGACUGAACUUCCUCCGUGUAUAAUUCCCACUUGCAGUGAAGGAAGAUGGGCAGGACUAAAUCCCAAAUAACCAGAGUCUGAUUUAUGCAAUAUCCCUGGGAUGGUAGAUACAAGUUACUUGCUGCAGAGUAUUUUCCAUAACACACUCACAAGUGGUUUUGCUGAAAUCCCUGUUUCUAACUCAGAAGUACUUCAGGUUUUUUCUGCUUGUGCUGUUUCUGAGAUAUUUGCUGAAUAACCAUGGAAGAGAGAAGGAGGCUGAAGUGUUUCUGACUGAUCUGAGUGUUGGUGGCACUGCUGGAAUGGGCAAAAGCAGGAGCUGCUGCUGCCUCACGGGAUGGAACCCAUGGGGGGUGUUUGUUCCUUACCAGUUGUCUGAUCUAUUUAGUCUCUUUGACUUUAGAAGUCUUAAAUUUUAAAUUGUUUUUAAAAAAAAAAAAUACACAGGUCAGUCCCAGGGCAGAAACAUCAUUGUCAUUUGCUGUUGAAUGUGCUUCAGUUACUUGUCAAAAAUGUUACUGGGAAGGUUUACCAGCAGAGGCAUCCAGAAUUCUGGGAAGGACUCUCUAAAACACGCCACUGAGUGGAUUUUUUAGGAGUACUCAUCGUGACAAGGGGAGGUAACAUCUCUUUAAUUGUUUUUUUCUUUUGCACUUACAGAUCAUAAAGUAAAAUUCCACAUUAUCACCUUACAAAGAGGAAAAGUUUCCAAAUAAAACAAAUGAAGGCA